AUCUGACAACUAGUGUCAAAAUAAUCGAACUGUCAUGAACAAAAACAAUAAUAUUAUGAAAAACGAAAACUCAUUUUUAAUUUUAGUCAAAAUUUAGGAGAAGGUUAGGGACUUCUCUGCAUGUGUUGAAAAGUGAAUGAUUAAUCUAGAGAAGAAGUUAAAUUCAAAUUAUUAUGUCGAAUUUGAAUGACGAUUACUGGAACAGCUCAUCCACAUCUAAAUUUAGUUUUGAUGAUGAGGACCUUUCUGCGAGUCAGAUUGAUUCUGUGGCAAACGAUGUUUUUAGUAGCAAACAAGAAGAGAUAAAUAUAUUCGCUAUCGAUUUCAUUAUUUCAAAAAAAUGUCUAGAUCUAUUAUUAGCAGAUGUGGAUACUGAAAAUAUUCACAUGGUUUCCACUCCUUCAGAUGCAGUAAGGAAAAUGGUUCGUGGCAAUAAAGUGGUCUUAGAGCAAUUCAAAUCAUAUAAAGAUAAGAUACAACUUAUAGAUGAAGCUUUAACUACAUACAAUGGUGAUAUUAUUUUGAGGGUAACUGAUUUUUUGAGAACUACUCUUAAAUUUAGUUUAUUCUGUAAUGUGCUUGUUAAAAGAAGAGCUGCUUUGGUGCAUUACGCUGAUUUUGUAAAAUUACAAGGAAACCUAGAAGAACUAGAAAAUCUCUAUAUGGCAACCGGUUUCACAACAAAUAUUAAAGAUCUAUAUUUUUUAAACACUCGCUGUGAAAAAAAUAAGCAUGAUACUCUGAACAAACUGAAAUAUUUCAUAUCCAGUCAUUCUCAUUAUUUAGAUAGUUUCAAUGAAAGAAAACUCCUAUCUGAUUAUGUUAGAUUCCUAGAAUGGCAAAUUACUAAUGGGGAAAACAGUAAUUCAGUUGUUGAACAAUUGGCGCUUGUAUGUAAAAAGCAAUGGGAGCAAAGCACUGAUGAUGACCAAGUUGUUGCUUUCAAAAAUUUAUUCAGAGUAGAUGAAGCUCAAUAUGAAUGGACCGUUAUGAAUUGUUUAUGUUACUUAGGAUUAUGGAAGAAAUUAAUAGGAAUGUUUGUGAAACCAAACUGGUUCACAAAAAAAAAUGUACUGAAGUCAGUUAUAAAUAGUGAUAUCUUUAUAUGGGGUGUAUCUAGACAUGAUCCACCGAAAAACGUUAUUGAUCAACUGUUGACCUGCCUUUCUGACUCAGACAAAUCACUUGCCUUCGCUGAAAAAUUUCAGUGUUAUAAGUUUAUGAUUGAAUACUACAUAAAUCAAAGGGAUCGCACUGGUCUUCUAGGGUGCAUAGACAAGGUUGCAGCGAAUUCUGAAGAAUAUUUCAUGAUCAAAAAAGCCCUAGAAUCUCAGGACAAAAGAUGGAAAAAUUGAAGGAAUUCCCAAGGAAAAGGCCGGAACAAUGUAUAUUUGCAAGAUAUUAAUGUAAAAUAUUUUUGUAUUUGCUCUGGAAAUAAAUGAAAAGGACAAAAGUAA